CGUCCUUCGGGUGCGAAGGUCUUCUGGCACUCGUCAGCCCAGAUCCUCGGGGAAGCUGUUGAGCAGAAUCAUGACUGCCACUUGUGCCUCGCACCCCCGAUGGAAGAUAGGUUCUUUUACGAAAUGAGCAUCGAGGACCGGCCAGUCAUGAGCUCCAACUACCCCACGCUCGAACGGAACGCCGACUUGGCAAUCAAGCAGAUGCAGAAGCUUGAGCGGCUUGUGGUGCCCAAGCUCUUUGAGUUCUUCGGGUGCAACAAG